AGGAGAAAGAUGUUACUCUGGACUCUUAUUGUCUGCCUACACUUCUUGCACUAUUCUGCUACAGAAGUUGUCAUGCAACAUUCAACAAUGUCUAUGCAAUAUGCUCGACAUGGGGACACUGUAAACUUGACAUGUGGAGCCAAAUCCUACCCUAUUCUGUGGUUCAAGGAAGACCAAGAAGAAGUAUUACAGGAUAUAAAACCAAGUUACUUUUCAACAAAAAAUAAUUUGCAGUCAUCAUAUAAAUAUUGCUCAGAGAUUUAUAACGAGAGGGUUUUGUAUAUUAACAAUGUGGAAAGAUCAGAUUCUGGAAUUUAUUACUGCACUGAAGGAACAAUAAGUUAUGUCUUCCACUUUGUCGGCAAAUUACUUGUAACAGAUAAAACACUCAUGGAUCCCAGUCUAGAGCUACUUGUCCAGAGUCAGCAGGAAAGCUCAGGCUCCCAUUUAAUAAUGCUGAUGUGUGUUGUCUAUAACUGGUCUCAUGGCUGGAGUUCAGUCCAAUGGAAUCUUGGGGGAAGCAUAUCUGAUGGUCUCACCACUUCAGGCAUUGAUGGCACAAUAAGGAGUUUGAUGGUUAUUCCAAAAACAAGUGAAUAUGUGGAUGCAAAAAUGAUGUGUUUUAUUAAAGAAAAUUCUAGUGGAAAAAUCCUCAGCACUCCAGCAACUGAAAAUCCUGUAGAGUGUUCGGUUGUGUUAUAUGUUGGAAUAGGGAUUGUUGCCGGCCUUUUGCUACUGCACCAGAUGAUUCUCUUGCACAGACGGCAAGUUUUAAGAAGGGCAAAUGCUUACAAAGGGGCAGACCAGAGAAUGAGAAGCACCGUGGAAAAUGAGAUGGUUAUCUAUGCCGAUGUGAAAAGAGCUUGAAGAAACCCCUCUAAAAAUACACUAAAAUGUAUUGAUUAUAAAUUCUUUUUACUGAUCUAAUAAUCAAAAAAAAUAAAAGGUUUUAUUUGGUUUGUGAAA